AGGCACUUGGUGACAAAGGUUGGGGGCAGACAGCACACCACAGCGCUGCGCUCCCUGUCCAGGAAGGGUUUCGGCCCCCAGGGACGCGGCACGGUGGCUCUCGGUCCCCCCUCGUCACCCACAGCGGUGCCGGUGGCUGGGUUCGGAUGGUGCAUGGGGACAUGGGGACACUGCAGCUUUGCCUCCUCAUCCUUGCAGGGCUCUUCGGCCUCUCUGCCCUGGAGGGUGCUGCAGAAAAAAUGACCGCCUGGAUCCAGCCUUACCCACCGGCACCCACCAUGUACCACCAGCUGAUGCUCUCCUGCGAGGUCACUGGGGACGCCAGUGUCAAGGAGUUCCUGUGGGAGAAGGAAGGAAGCCGCGACCCCCUGCAGAAAGGCCAGAGCAACGUCCUCAUCUUCAAGUCCUUCAACGAGUCCCACCUGGGCACCUACAUCUGCACGGCCACCGGCUCCCUGGGCACCGCUGUGGCCACCUACGAGCUGUGGAUAGACGACCUGAUAAACCAAGUGUUCGUGUUUCCCCGGGAGACCAAAGACUCCUACGUGCUGGUGCGGGCGAAGCCGGAGCAGCCGCUGCUGAACUUCACCGUGUGCCUGCGCUCCUACACGGACCUCGCGCGGCCCCACAGCCUCUUCUCUUACGCCACCAAGGAGCAGGACAACGAGAUCCUCCUCUCCAAGCCCAAGCCCACCGAGUACCACUUCUACGUGGGGGGCAAGUUCGUCACCUUCCGCGUCCCCGAGAGCUUCUCGACGAGCGAGCACGUCUGCGCCAGCUGGGAGUCCCCCACCAGCAUCGUGCGCUUCUGGCUCAACGGGAAGCCCUGGCCCCGCAAGGGGCUGCAGAAGGACUACGUGGUGGGCGCCGAGGCUGCGAUCACGCUGGGGCAGGAGCAGGACGUCCUCGGGGGAGGCUUCGACGCCCGUCAGUCCUUCGUGGGGGAGAUCUCGGACGUCUACAUGUGGGACAGGGAGCUGACCACCGGGGAGGUGAAAGCCGCCAUGAACAACAACCCCUCGCCCGCCCCCAUCUUCGGCUGGAGGAACUUCCCCUACAAGAUCCACGGCGAGGUGUACCUCAAGGGAUGACACCCGGGACAGCCCUGCCGUGCCCCGAGAAGGUUGCGAUUGCCACCGGGGUCGUGUGUCCCCAUGGCCCCAUGUCCCCCUCCCCAUCCCCGCCC